CAGGACUUGGGUGAGGGAGACUGUAGCUACACAGAGCUGGAACACAAACACAGGAGCCACCUGGACAUUUUGAGGCAAACCUCCCUACUGCUGGCUCACAAACUGAAGAUCCAUCAGCUCCAGCAGAAACAGCAGCUUAUGGUGCUGAGGGAGAAAGCAAAGCAAGAGGUUCAGGAAAGCCAGAGGUUUUUGAGUGACUUGCUGCAGCACAGCUCUGAGGAGUGCAGGAGCUCCAGAGGCAGUGAUCCUUCUGUGCCAGGAUUGUCCCACACAGAGCAAACACGGAGAGGACACUGGUUGGAAGGUGACCACGCUGCUGGCAGUAAUCAAGAGAUGUGUUCACUGAAACAACCUGCAUUGAAGAUAGAAAGAGAUCACACUCCAGUGGACCCCAAAGUAGUGGGAGAGAGAAAACCUCUGGGAGGAAGAGGUUCAUAUUGCUCAGUGCUGCAAGAAGGAUCCCUGGCAGCAGAUCACAGGGAGCCACUGCACAACCAUCAAACUGCACAUCUGUUGUCACCUCUGGUGGCUCUGCCCCAUGGGGAGACCUGUGCAAGGGACAACUCUGGAGAGAGCAGUGACCAGGCCAGCUGUGACAGCCAGUGCAGCGCAGCCAUUCCACUCCACGGAGGCUCCAGCCCGUUCUGCCGCCUCAGCCUGGCCCUGGCGCAGCAGUGCCUGAGGGGAGAGGAGCUGCGGGCUCGACACCAGGCCUCCCUCCUCCAGCUCCGCAAAAAGGCUCUGAGGGAGAAGGCCAGGGCUGAGCUGGCCUGGCUGGGCCACCAGAGACGUGUUCUGGAAAACCUGCAGGAUAGUCAUGGAGCCUCUGCCAUGGCAGCAAAGCAGCACAAAAUCCUCAUGGAGCUGAAACAGGAGCAGGCAGAAAUCCAGCACCUGCAAAACAUCUACAGGGCAGCCCAUCAAGAAAGAAAGCUUUUGUUAAAGCAGCAAAGAGAAAUCUUAAUGAUGCAACAUUCAACAGCACAACUCCAGGAAAAGCUGCACAAUUUGUCUGGGAAGCAAGAGGUUGUGAAGUCACAGUCACUGGAUGUCCUGGUUUUGAGGAACCCAGCAACUGAAGAAGCAAUAAAGCUGAAGAAAAUGAAGCUUAUUUCUGGCCCAAAGUCCUGCUCCUCUUCAGCAGAGUCUGCAGCCCCUCCAGAAAGGCCUGAGCUGUCAGGGAGUAAAGAGAGUUGUCUCCAGCUAAAGCCUAAAAAGAAACAGGAGGGCUUUUCUACUGAGAACAAGGGAACACUGGGACAACACCAGGAACAGGCAGAGGAGUCUCCAGGUUUGGAGCAGUCCCUUAGUGUGCAAAUGUCUGGAAUGGUGGCCAAGAGAGUGUGUGGUGCUGCUGGUGAAACCACAGGCUCAGUCUUUAACCAUAAAGGCUGCAAAAACACAGAACUUAUUGCUCAGGGUAAUGUUUUAUUACCUCUGGAACAUGUAAAUUCAACUAAAAUGGAUGAACCUGUAUGUGCACCCAUUAUGAGAGAAGGCAGGAAAUGUGCACUUCAGGAGUCUGUGCUGGAGGAAAAGGCACUUCUUUCAAAGCCAAAGGUGGAUCCUAAAGGCAAUGAAGAUAUUAGUCCAUGUGGCAGCAAGUUCACAGUGAAAAGCUUGGGGAUGCUUUCUACCUGGUGUAACUUAUGCAUGGUUCAGGCAGAGAAUACUCCUGAAGGAACAGUUAAAGAAGUGGAAGUGCCUGUUCCUUCUGAGAUCCAUCAGCUGGGUGACAGUCAGUGUUUGAAGAAUUUGGACCGUGUUUCUCAUGAAGCUUCUGAUGAAGAACGAAAUUUAAAAGCAUUUUCUGAAGGAUUUGCUUCCAAUGAAUCAUCAUCCAAGCCAAACAACUUCUUUUUGAAAUGUGAAAGUGCCAAAUCAGCCUCUUCACCCCCAGAAUUUCAGAGGGUCUCUGCAGUUUGGGUUGACAUCUUGGAAAGCUCCACUUCAGAUUCAGAAUUAGAGCUGAAACAUGGAGAGGACACAGAUAUCAGUGUCCCAGAAGAGUUUGUCUGUGACAGUGGUGAUGUGUUUCCUGAUCUUUCAAAAGAGGUGCCAGUAGCAAUAAGUAAUGGAAAGGAAACAUCACCUACUGAUGAACAUGAACUGCCUGAAGAUGACAGUGCUGAGAUUUCAUCACACUCCCAGAAAUACCCUGGAGAUGUGUUGGAUCAUGGCUGCACUGAUCAUCUGCUUGCUUUCAUUCCAGCAGACAAAGCAAAUGCCUCCAAAACCCAGCCAGAACAUUCCUCCCAGCCUGAUAACCCUGAUGAGGGAAUGGAUGAGCCACAUCUGGGGGCCUCUGGAAGCUCCAGCAGAAACAAAACCUGUCCUCAGGAGGUCACAAAACAGGAAUAG